UCAAAUAAUUUAAUAUACCUACACGAUAUUCAUGAACUUUAUGUGAUAUUGAAACGAAGAUAAUAGUAAUACCGAUUUUACAGAUUCUAUGACGACAGUAUAAUCGCUACUCCACCAUUUUAAAAUAUCCGUGCAUUAUAAUAAAAAGGAGUAAUGUCAGACGAUGCAGAGCAACAGGCCGAGGAAGUAGAGGUGCUGAAGUCUAUCUAUGAAGGAGAUGAAAACUUCAAGCAAGUGGAUGAUAAAACUUAUCAAUACAAGUAUGUAGACGGAGAGAAGUCAUUUAUCCUGGAGAUCUCAUGGCCGCCCACUUAUCCCACGGAGAAACCUAAUUUUAAUGUUGAUAUAUUCUACAAUCAGAAUUUAAUACCCGCUGUGAAAGAAAAGAUCCUUUCAUUAGUGGACUUGGAGGCGAACCAAUGGCUCGGGUGCGCGAUGACGUACACGCUGUUUGAGUGUCUGAAGGAGAAGACAUCGGAGAUACUCGCGGAGCAGACAGAGGAAGCUAUCGUUGAGAGAGUGGAGAAAAUUGCUAUCACCGAUCCGACGGAAUCAUCUAAGAAACCAGAGAGGAAAGAGCAGUUAACGAAAGCCCAGAAGCGUCGUGCGUGGGACAAAGCCGAGUUGGGUCGAGGUGGGGAGAAGCCCCGUGGGUGGGAUUGGGUGGACAUCGUCAAACACCUCUCCCAAGCGCCCCACCAUCCCUCAUGACACUUGCAAGGGUAGCAUAGACAUGGAGGGGAUAUUACCUCUUUAACUUUAUAGAAUUUUCCAAAUGUUUAAUAUACAAUACUUAUCUAUCAUAUACAUCUUAGAACUUCGUCAUAGGAUAAAGAAUAAUACCACGUUUAGAACGCGAACUCUGCCCCGCGCCAUUUCGUGUCGGGCGUCGAUCUCACCCCCUUGGAGUCUUACUGUAAGCUCUGAAAGGCCGUAAACUGCUUAGGAGGAAGGGGGAGCGCGCUAUGACUCUGUCUCGCUCACUCUUACGUGUUAGGAAGCAAGAAUGAGGUGUUUAUCGUCGCUGAUUUCGCGAACUGACGUAUGUGCAAUUUUUGGCUAAACUGAUGACCUUUUACAAUUAUCAAUAAGACACAAAACACUGUAGCAAAAAAUGCACAUACGUCAGUUAGCAAAGUCAGCCACGUUAUGUAGGGUCUGGGAGUGUGACUUCGUAUCAAGAGUAGAUGGUAGUUGUCUUCUGUUUCCUCGUUACUCUGCUCACCCCAUUAGGGAUAACGAGCGUAAGUUUGUGUAUGUAUGUAUAAUAUCCUCGUAAGGCCCGGAUUUUGCAGACACAAUAGUUAAACAAUGGGAUUUGGAUUUUAAAAGGACUUUGGGCCUUACGACUUUAAAGACCAGUGGUUCCGAAAUUGAUUUUCACACUUAUCCUACGAGACAGAAUAAAAUCCCACGUACAUUCAUUUAUAAGCAAUAUCAUAUACGCACUUUAGAACUCUGUCGCAUUAACAUAUUUGACAUUUAGUGAGAGUUACGGUUCAAUUUAACAAAAAAGAUAAUGUGGCAUGGUAUUAAAGUGCAUGUAUACAUAUUUGUGUGGUUAUCUAAUGUUUUAUACGUAUUGUGUUCAGGUAGGUAAUGAAUAAUGUUUAAUGUAGUUUGGAAAAUUCUGUAGAAUCAUCGUUAGAGGAGAGUUGGUUAAUAUUACCAUAUAGAUAAAAAAAACACGGCAAA